CCCUUUUAUUAUGAACUUUUCGAUCUUUUCUCCCGCGCGCUCUCAAUCGGUUCGAGAAUGAGAGGAUUCGUUGUCGGCUCGCCUUGUGUUUUUGCCCCCCUUAUUUUUUUUUUCGUUUCCAAUUCCAUGAUAUUUCACAUCCGGGGUGCAAGUUUGUAGAUUUGAAUACUUUUAGGGGAAUGCCAUAUAUACUAGAUCGGAACUGUUCAUGGUGUAGUUACCUUUCUGGCAUACUCCGCGACAUGGUGUAUUCAUGCCGCGCACGAAUCGCAUCGAUGUUUUCUGUUUCUGAACUUGAUUGUCUAACAUGUCGUUAUUACUUUAGAUCGUAUUUAUUCCAUGAUAGACUCAAUGCAUGUGCUGUCUAUUUUGUGAUGGAUAUUCCCCCCCCCCCCCUGAAGAAUCACUUCCUUGUAGUUCUCUACCGUCAGAUUGAAUUUUUACAGAAAUUAUGCAUGAUUGGUUUUUAAAAUCGAAGUUUACAGCAAUGCAAAUUGACUUUGGUGCCCUCAUGAUUCACUUGGCAAAAGAGAAGUUAGGCGUACCUACCAUGUCAUUAAGGGUUAAUGAUCGAUACUAGUUACUUAUUGCUAAAUGUUUUCUCGGGUAGCUUAUCACUGUGGAUGGUUGGCAUUGCAUUCGUAAUAACUGAAUCCUUCUGGUAAAUGGCAUGCCAUUUUCAGAUUAUUUGAAGCAACAACAAUUUGAUUCUGCAAUGUGGGCAGAUCGGUGCAUAUUUGUACUUUGCUCUUUAUUUGAAGGGAAUGUUUAUACUUUGCUCCAAGGCCUUUUCAACCAAAAUAUUGAGAUAAACUUUUCUGCCCACAGGAUAAAAAUUCAAUUUAGAGCGUUGAGAUCAAAGUUUUUACUAUGCCGACCAUUAUGUUGUUUUCAUUCUUUCCUCAAUGACAAGGACGCUGAUGUAGCAUAAUUACUUUCUGCGGGAUUAAUCUAGGUGCAAAGGGGAUUCCUGUUGGAUAGAUGCCAUUAUAUGAGUUUGCUCAUGUAUAUGCGUAGGGCGGAUUACAUGGCCUUUUCUAUCUGGCUGUCAUUUUUCUGAUGCACAUACCUUCUUGAACUGGAGAGUACAUGAAGAUCUCUGCUAACUUUCUGUUGAACAACUGUGCACGCACCUACACCAAGAAGAAAACACUCAAGAAGUGGUUUUUCAUUGACAAGACCCUGGGUUAAAUCUAGUUGAAGAAGGCCUAUUCCACCUCAUUUUGGUAGUGGAUAUGAGCAACGGUUUGCCACUCAUGACCAAUCCCAUGAUCAAAAGCCAGCCAGUGUUGGCACUGCCUUCAAAUCUAAUGCCAUGUUUGGUUACAUCCAAGAAGCAUCCAUGUUCUUCAUUGUGUGUGACAUACAUCAGUAAGCGUGAACUUGUUGAAGUCGUUGAUGGACUUGUCGGGGUAAUGAUGACAUCAUCGAACCGUGAAAAGCCAGACAUUGAAUCUGGUUACGACGGUUCGUCUGAUGAAGAUUCCACUGAGAAUUCUCGUGCAGAAAUUUGUCCUUCUGCCUUAUGUUUCUUCGACCAAAUCGUAGCUAGUGCGCAAGACAAGAAGGUUGUGUUGUUUCUAGACUAUGAUGGCACACUUUCUCCUAUUGUGAAUGAUCCAGAGAAAGCAUUCAUGUCCUCUGAGAUGCGUGCUACUGUGAAAAGUGUUGCAAAGCACUUCCCUACAGCAAUAGUUAGUGGGAGAUCCCGCGACAAGGUGUUUGAUUUUGUCAAGCUGACUGAGAUAUACUAUGCAGGGAGUCAUGGUAUGGACAUACUAGCAUCUUUUGCAGAUUCAGACAGUACCAUAGAAAAGACCAAAGAAACCAAGCUUUUUCAACCUGCAAAUGAGUUUCUGACUAUGAUAACUGAGGUUUCCAAAUCCCUGAUAGAGGUCACUAAAGCGAUUAAGGGUGCAACAGUUGAGAACAACAAGUUUUGCGUAUCUGUUCAUUAUCGUAAUGUCGACAAGAAGAACUGGAAGUUGGUCGCACAGGUUGUCAACAAUGUUCUAAAAGAUUUUCCUAGUCUUAAAGUAUCCACUGGACGGAAGGUUUUAGAGGUUCGUCCAAUGAUCAACUGGGACAAGGGAAAAGCCGUCGAGUUUUUGCUUCGAUCGCUUGAGCUAGAUGAUUCUGAAACUGUUCUUCCUAUCUAUAUUGGGGAUGAUAAAACGGAUGAAGAUGCAUUCAAGGUGCUUCGCGAGCGAAAGAAUGGAUGUGGGAUUCUUGUUUCGCAGGUGCCCAAGAAGUCUGAAGCCUUUUUCAUGCUGAGAGGCCCAUCAGAAGUGAUGGAAUUUCUCAGUUCCUUGGUGAGAUGGAAGGAACAAUCAACAUUUGAAGAUUGACAGCUUAGCCAAUCAGUUUUAGUUGGGAUAGCUAGCUGACGCUAGCGUUUAAGCAUUCCCUGGGCGACAAUUUUACAGUGCCCGGACGUGGAGCUGGAUAGUAGCUAGAUAGUUUAGCUCCCAUAGUUGCAAAGAACCAGUCGAUGCUAUUCCGUUUCUUCUAAUAUUUAUCAUCAGAGGCAGAGUUCUAGUAGUUUUUUUUUUAUGAAGUGAACAAUCUUUCAGUUCUACCAGUGAAAAUUCACAAGCAUUACGGCACUGUGCUAAUCCU